UUCCGAGAGCACGCGUCAUCGACGACAAACGAUCGUAAAUGGAUUGUGUUUGACGGACCCGUUGAUGCAGUUUGGAUCGAAAAUAUGAACACCGUGUUGGAUGACAAUAAAAAGUUGUGCCUGAUGAGUGGCGAAAUCAUCCAAAUGAGCUCACGACAGAAUAUGAUUUUUGAACCUCAAGAUUUAGAGCAGGCGUCUCCUGCAACAGUCAGUCGAUGUGGUAUGAUUUAUAUGGAGCCAGUAAAGCUUGGUAUUGAGCCACUCAUAGCAACAUGGAUGGAUAACGAGUUUCCUGCAAAUCUCAAUCACUCUCCUUACAGGGAAUCAAUCCAGAUGAUGUUUGACUGGUUGAUGCCCGCCUGUAUUGACUUUAUAACCCGAUAUUGUCGUGGAUUUGUAAAGAUGUCUUCCAUGCAUAUGGUUAAAGCUAUGCUGACCUUGUAUUCUUCAUUACUUGAUGAACUCAGAGAAUCUCCAAACGAUGCAAAGAAARCCAAUUCAGAUGACGAUUCAUUUGAAGACGAAGACGAAGAAGAACAAAGUGAACUCGCAAAAGAUGAAAAACCRCCAAAAUCAGAGGCCGAAGUMUUCCAAUGGCUGCAAUCAUUGUUCUUGUUCUCAGUCUGCUGGUCGAUAGGCGGCCAUCUYGAUAGCGAUUCGAGAGAAAAGUUCAGUGAUUUUAUGAAAGUAUUGGCGGCAGGAACAAAUAAGCAGCAUCCACGACCCAAGGACCUCAAGCUUCCCAAGACGUACCAGUUCCCUGGGAAGGGAUUUAUCUAUGAUUAUUUCUUUGACAAAUCGACGUUUGGUACAUGGCACCCGUGGGAGAAGAAUGUGCCUACUACAGAGAUAGGUGCAGAUUUCAAGCCAAGCGACGUUAUUAUUGCCACCACCGAGACUGUUCGCCAGGAAUAUUUCCUGGAAUUGAUGCUAGCWCAYGAGAAGCCAUUGCUCUUUGUUGGUCCAACUGGUACUGGCAAGUCUGCCAUAACGAACCACUACAUCYUAAGACUUCCAUCYGAUAGGUACAUCGCAAAUUUUAUGAACUUCUCUGCGCAAACCACAGCUAAUCAAACACAAGACCUUAUCUUGUCAAAACUAGACAGGCGAAAGCGUGGUACUUAUGGUCCUCCUAUCGGUAAAAAGUGCGUAGUGUUUGUAGACGACCUUAAUAUGCCCGCCAAAGAGAAAUAUGGUGCCCAGCCCCCCAUUGAAGUAUUACGUCAGUGGGCAGACCACAGUUACUGGUUUGACAGGAAAGACACAUCUGUUCUCAAUCUUGUCGAUCUGUUGAUGGUCUCGGCAAUGGGACCACCAGGCGGAGGAAGAAACGAGAUAACACCAAGAUUUUUGUGUCACUUCAACGUCAUUUCAAUCGAUUCGUUCAGUGUCAACACCAUGAAAAACAUCUUUUCGAUCAUUAUGGAUUGGCACUUUAAUAAUCGUGGAUUUGAAAACCAACUGCGGAGAUACUCCAAGAUUAUGAUAAGUGCCACCAUAGAAGUGUAUAACCAGGCCAUAAGGAACUUCCUACCCACUCCAUCCAAGUCUCACUACGUUUUUAACCUCAGGGAUUUCUCAAGAGUUGUACAGGGUAUUCUGUUAUUUCCUGGUCAGUGUGCUACUGAUAGUGGUAAAGUKAUAMGKCUMUGGGUCCACGAGGUGUACCGAGUGUUUUACGACAGACUUGUUGACAUCCACGAUAGAGAGUGCUUCUUUGACAUUGUGAAGGUUCGUACUAGUACGCACUCUCGCUAUAACGGGCAUCUUCGGACCAUAAUCGACCAUUUUAAUCGACCAUUUUCGAUAUUCUAGUUGAAUAAUCAUG